AUGCCAGCGCCACCGACGUUGGCGCAACUAUGCACGGACGCUUUGGCACGGAACUGUUCUUGUCUGGCGGAGCUGCACGGUGCCGAGCUCUUCGACGGGCAGUUGGCUACUAUUCUGCAGGGCGCCCGGCCACGUGACCUGCGGCGACUUGCUCGCUGCAACGGGCUGCCACUCUACGACUCGCUUGAACACAGCACAAGCGAACGCACCGUCCAAGCAAGCUUUGGAGUUGUUGUACUGACAGGAUCCGAUUGGGUGGACUCCGACCUAGACGAUGCCGUCGAUGACCAGAAGGAGGCGUGGACGUUGGUCACUGCUCGCGGCGCCGCGCAGCUUUCAGCCUCGAUGCGUCUUAGCUUGAACUUGGCUCUGGAGCAACGUUGGAAACAACUCUAUUUCUCGCGCGCGCGUGUCGAGGGCGUCCCCUCGAGUUCACCGAACGCCAUCGCUGCCUCCGCGACACUGGGUCUUCCGUCAGGUGCGGUCUCAUGGUCCGCAGCCUACGCUCAGCAAGAGCGAGAGACUAGACGCCAGCUGCGACUCGCUUGUGCGCGUUUGCGACACCGACGAAUCGAAAUGGAGCAAGAGCGCGCAUCCAAACGCAUUCGAGUCCUGCCUCUGCACACAGUGACCUCGCAACGCGCCUCCCUUGUGGAGCUUCAGUCCGAGAGACUCUCCGAAACGAGUUCCAUCGCCUUGACCUCGCGACACAAGCUGAACGAGACCAGUACCCGGACGCGUCUUGUCGCCCGUUUUCGACAUUGCUCGCCGUCAUUCAGGAAACUUUCCGGUACAUAA